CGAUAUCCCACCACACCGACGUCUUCGCCUUCGAGUACUCUGCCUCGGCCAGGCCGCCGCCGUCCAUUAUUGACUGGAUUCUGAUGCUAAAUCGGAAGAUCAAGGAAGAAGGGUAUGUAUUAUGUGUAUAUAUGGGUAUGAGAGAGAGAGUGAGUGAGCGCCAAGUAGCUGCUGCUUAAACGAGGAUGAGGACAGAGAUGGGAGUAUGGAGUUGACUAAAUGGGAAUUGGGAGUAAGGCUUCAUGGUGGAGAAGAUUAGAGUAAAAUCAGUUGUAUCCUUCAAAUUUAUUGCCUCUCCUCAUCAGUCAUUUUCUUUUCAAGCAUGGACGAUGAAAAAGAAAAGUGAAACCCUAAAACGUGCCGGUUGACCUCCGAUCCAGUCGAGGGUCUAGGCACUCUUUCACAUGGUCGAUCUUUGCUCGGUAUAGUGAAGUUUUAAUAUUAUUAUAAUUAAUUUUUUAAUAAUAAUUUUUUUCAAUUAUUUUUAUUUUUAUUUUUAUCUUGUAAAAUCAAAUUAUAAUAAACUUUAAGGCUAUGUUUGGCAAAUGAGUUUUGUUCAACUCUGCUUUGUUUAACUCGCAAAAAAACAAAAUUUACCGCGGCAUUUGAAGGAGCAGUGGGUCCCUUUGCUGCUUAGUUUGACUAGUCGUUUGAUUUUUUUUUGUCCCCGUCAGUGUUAAGGCAGAGAGCCGUUGAAAGAGUAAAGACACAGCCGCUCCUUUCCAUCUCCUCCUCCUUCCUGCAUGUUCCCCUUCUUCCUUCUUUGCUUUGUCUGCAUAACCUAGGCCGAAAUCGGCGGCAUUUCUUUGUAAUCGAGAGGGCUGUUCGUCCGUGAAGGUUGCCCUGUGCAAAUUUGGUGUGAAGAACAGUGAAAAGCACGAGCUUUUCAGGAGUGAUUCGCGAAGGAUGUCCUGUCUGUCACCGGCUGCCAGAGAUUCCCGACUUUGGUCGCUGUCGAGGGCCCCAUCCAGUUCGUUGUUCUCCACCAGGGUUGGGGUUUAAGAACCGCAGAAAAUUGUUGUUUUGGAAAGGCAUAGGCAGUGAGGUGCAUUGUUAGAUCAUUGUUAUUCUGGACCAACUACAUGCAUCGUGGCUCCUGAAGGCGAAAAUAUCAUCGACUGGAGUGAUGAAAUGGAGUUUGCUUUCAUAAACAUAAUGCUUGAGAAGCUGAGAAGAGCACACACUACAACAUGGAAGCAAACUACUUUGAAGGAGAUCAUAGCUGAGAUGGCAAACCUAUUUCCUGAUCAACAACUGUGUUUGUAAAAGGUAAAGGUCAAGCAUCAGAGAAUGAAGACAAAUUUCACCCGAUUCUCUGAAAUAGUUAGGCAUACAGGCGUUGGGUGGGAUGCAAACACAAACACCAUCAUAGCCGACCAAGAUGUUUGGGAUAUGUUUGCAAAGAAGAAUAGGGCAUACAAGGCAUUUCGGAGCAAGGGCUGCAACCACUACGAUUUGCAAAAGCAACUCUUUUGUUCUUCAGUGGCUACCGGUGCUCUUCACAUCUUCUCGACCGAUCCACCUCCAACUUUAGAAGAAGAACGUCGAUUGAAUGAGGAAUUCUUAUCUAGGGGGAAGGGGAAGGGAAAACAACAUGUCGACCUCGAAGAAGGCUCCGACGAAAGUGACGACCUCGUUUAUGUUGCAGAGCCCAUGAUAACUGAGUCUCGACGUCGAGUGACGAAAAGAUGUCUAAGCAAGAGUUCACAUGUGCAGGAAUGCAUGGACCUGUUCAGGGAGAGUUACACGAAGCAGCAGCCACAGAAAACCCCACCGUCGGUAAAGAGAAGCAAGUCGGUAACGAGUCCUGAAAAACCUGAGAAGAAUAGCAUUGAGGAAGCUCUCAAGGAGUUGGCUAAAUUGAAAUGGAGAAUCCCUCACUCCCUAUAUGUGAAAGCCGUCAAAGCCCUCCUUGAUCUGGAAGCGCGGAGGUUUUUCAUGUGGUUCAAGGAGGACGACCGACAGGAAUGGAUACUGCAGCUUCCUCAUACUUGAAGAAUCUGUGAACCCAUCUUUAUUUUUGUUUUUUUAAAUUACUAUGGUUUUUUUUUAUGACUGAACUCUUGUUUGUUUUGUGUGUUUUCUUUUGUUGAUGAUUUUUUGUUUGCAUGUUAAAUGGUUAUGAUAAAUGUGUUUCGUUGUUAAUGAAGUGUUCGUGAUCUUAUGUCCACACCGACAGGCGAUCAU